AUGCGAUCAUUGACGGCAUUCCUCAGCCUUGCAGCGUCCGCAAUUCAGCUGGUCUCGGCUCAUGGAUUCGUAUCUGGAGUCAAAGUCAACGGAGUUUGGACUGCUGGGGCGGACCCCGUUUGGUACUAUUACCCAACAGGUCAGUCUCCGGCUACGGCAGGUUGGAAUUCUCUGAACCAGGAUCUGGGAUUUGUCGAGCCAGCCAACUUUGGCACGACAGACAUCGCAUGCCACAAGAGCGCCACCGCUGGACAAAACGUGAUCAACGUCAACGCCGGUGAAACAAUCACGUUCUUUUGGAACACAUGGCCUGAUUCCCACAAGGGUCCCAUUCUGAAUUACAUUGCUCCGUACAAUGGCCAGACUACAGGUGGGAGUCUUGUUUGGUCGAAAAUAAGCCAAAGCAGCAUCGUCAGCGGCACAACCUGGGUGACGGAUACGCUGAUCGCGAGCAACUACUCUACGUCGACGACGAUCCCACGCAAUCUGAAAGCAGGAAACUACGUCAUUCGGCACGAAAUCAUUGCGUUGCACGGCGCCCAGAACGACAACGGCGCGCAAGCUUACCCGCAGUGUCUCAACCUCAAGGUCGGCGGAAGUGGUACCGUGGCGCCGUCGAGCGGAACCGUGGGAACUAGCCUCUACACCAGGUCAGAAUCUGGAAUCAUGUUCAAUUUGUAUACAUCCUACACUACCUAUCCGUACCCGGGCCCAACUAUCUGGACUGGGGCGAAUUAA